CCUCUGCGAGCGGCCCUGCAUCUUUGUUAUCCCGUCCGGCCGGGCGACUCCAGUGACCAGUUCUUCCCCCUGUCUCUCUCGCUCUCGCGUGGUUCUCCCGUGCCCCCGGCGUGAGCGCGCUCUUUCUCUCGCGGGCUCGUGGCGACAGCCGCCGCCGCUGCCCUACGCCAAUUGCUCAGGCCUUCUUUGGGCCCUUCGCCGGCGGCGAGCACCCACCAGGAAGCCUUUGAAUCUGAACAUUGAUAGGCGUUUGCAGAGAGAAUUGAUAAAUACAUCAUCAGCCUGAAAGAAUGGGUUAUGGCAUGAGUAGGCUAGAAGAUGAAUACUAUGAGCCUGAAGGGCAGAAUACUGAUGGAUCUGGCUCAGUUCAAGUGAACAAUGAGUUUGCAGAACUGCAUAACGAUAUUUUUCAUAUGACCCGAAUGAGAUCAAGACUUACUGAAAGCUACAAGUCCAUGGGUACCAACAGAGGCAUAAUAUCAACGGCCAAGUUAUUAUCUCAAAGGGAAAUUGAUUGUUCUGGAAAGAGGAUGUUCUCUUCUGGUGACCGUGCAUUUGUUCUAGGUCGCUAUGUUCCAAUGAACGGCCCUCAGUUAUUGGAUAGGAUGGAUUCUCGUGCUUAUGUUUCGCAGUUUUCUGCUGAUGGCACUCUUUUUGUUGCUGGUUUUCAGGGAAGUCACAUAAGAAUAUAUGAUGCUGAUAGAGGCUGGAGCAUACACAAAGACAUUCAUGCUAGGUGUUUGAGAUGGACAAUCAGUGAUGUAUCCUUAUCACCUGAUCAGCGGUAUCUUGCCUACUCUAGUCUGGCACCUAUUGUCCAUAUUGUUAAUGUCGGAAAUGCGGCAAGAGAAUCCUAUGCUAACGUCACUGACAUCCAUGAUGGAUUGGAUUUUUCACAGCAUGAGGAUGUUCAAUAUUCGUUUGGAAUAUUUUCCGUGAAAUUUUCCUCUGAUGGACGGGAACUUGUUGCUGGCAGCAAUGAUGAAUCAAUAUAUGUCUAUGACCUUCAUGCAAACAAAUUGACAUUACGUUUACCUGCUCAUACAUCUGAUGUCAAUACAGUAGCAUUUGCUGAUGAAACCGGCCAUCUCAUAUAUUCUGGAAGUGAUGACACUUUAUGCAAGGUUUGGGACAGGCGGUGUUUGUCCACAGGACAAGCUGCCGGAGUUUUGACUGGACAUUUGCAUGGGGUAACACAUAUUGAUAGUCGUGGAGAUGGCCGAAGUUUCAUAUCCAAUGGAAAAGACCAAGCAAUCAAACUGUGGGAUGUCAGGAAAAUGACGUCCAAUGCUGAUAGUUGUGCAGACGGAGCCCCAAGUUGGGACUACAGAUAUUCGAGGUAUCCGCAGCAGCAUAAACAGUUAAAGCAUCCGCAUGAUCAGUCAUUAGCGACAUACCGUGGACAUGCAGUCCUCCGGACAUUGAUCCGUUGCUACUUUUCUCCUGCUUACAGCACUGGGCAAAAGUACAUAUAUACAGGGUCGUAUGAUUCCUGCGUUUACAUCUAUGAUGUGGUAAGUGGAUCGCAAGUUGCGAAGCUGAAAUGGCAUCAAAUGGCGAUUCGUGACUGCAGUUGGCACCCAUUUGAGCCCACGCUUGUGAGCUCAUCCUGGGACGGCCAGGUAGCAAAAUGGACCAGUGCACGUGAUCAACAGGCUUCUGAUAUAGAUUGAGUCGACCGUGCAGCGAGUGAUCUUUUACUGCUCGUGGUUCUGGGCUACAAAAACAUACGUAUGCAAUCUAAAGUAAGCACAGCUCAUAAAAAAGAAAGAAGAUCAUGUGUUGUAGUGGUGAAUUGUAAUUUGUAAAUACUGAACUGAAAACUUUGUGAAUAUGAAGUUGUUUCAUAAGGCUUCAUGUCCGUGUGUUUGGUUGGUCGAUGUUCGUUAACUUUUGAUGGGCAAUGAGCUCAUCCUUUUGUAAAUAUAAAAUUACCUUCAAACAGGCCUUGUUGCACUACAGUAAA